UUGAAGCUAGACCACCAUAGAAAACCUGGAAGCACUGAACUGCCAUUUCAACUUAGUAUGGAAUUCCUCAGCAGUGUGCAUCCAUGAUCAAACCUUGUGGGAAUCGAACCGAAGACCUAUCAAUUUCGCGCGCACUCGAGCACUUUACCUUUCAAUCAAUAAUUGAACAUUUAUUGUCUGUCUAUCUAUCAAUCUUUGUGUACACUAUAUGUAUGUUAUAAGAUGAAUUUGAGAAUAGAAAAUUAUUUCGAUUGUGUUAUUUAUCUGUUUGUCUAUCUAAUAAUCCUUUAAUGUGUAAAUUAGUUUAUUAUUUCACCUAUCAAGUACAAAUAGAAUCUUUUAUAUUAAAAUAUAAACAAUUUGAUGUGAUUAUUACCUUUACUACUUUUUGGAUUGUUCUCAUUCUGUUUUUUUUUGUUUUUAAACGUAAUUUGAGACUUAUUUGAUAAAUUAAAAAAAAAAAGAAAAAAAGAGAAAAGAGAAAAAAGAGCACAGUUACUAUUAUCAUAUAAAAAUUGGAUUUAUUUCUAUGGUGGAAUUAUAUCUGAUCAUCAUUCAUGUUUAUAUGAAUCAACAUUAGAGAUAUAUAUCUGAAUUGAUCCCUCCCUAUCAAGUGUUCAAAUAUUUGAUCCUUUAAUUAUAAUUGAGUUACUAUGAUAAGGGUUUCAAUGAAUCAAUAUAUGUAUAUAUAAGAUCCAAUGUAUUUAUUAUUAUAUGACAUAGAGAUUGGAGUCAAUGAAAUGAAAAAUUAUUAAAGUUUUUCAUAAUCAAUAUUUUAUGGAAUAUUAAAAAAAAGAAAAACAAAAAAAAAGAAAGGAAAACAAAAACAAAAAAAGAAAAAAAAUGGAUGAGUUUGUUGAAUUUUGGUCUGAUAUACUAAAUACUAAAUUGAAUAUACUUAGAAGCGAGCAAGAACGUGUACAAAAGAAAACAUUUACCAACUGGCUAAAUACAUAUUUGAGCAAUGCAAAUCCACCAUUCAAAGUUCAAGAUCUAUUUGAAGAUAUCAAGAAUGGAAUAUUGUUAAUAAGAAUAUUAGAAGUGCUAUCAGGAGAAAAACUACGCGCAGAAAGUCGGGUUCAAAUGAAUCGGAUACAUUGUCUAUCGAAUAUUAAAACUGCAUUGGAAUUUUUACAUUCUAGAAAUGUAAAAUUAGUCAAUGUUAAUCCAACUGAUAUUGCUGAUGGGAAACCAGCUAUUGUUCUUGGUCUUAUAUGGGUUAUUAUAUUAUAUUUCCAAAUUGAGGAACAAGAAGAGUUACUACUGAAAAUUUUAGAUCUUCCACCUGGUUCACUUAAAACAAGAGGUUCAGCUAAACGUGCUCUGCAAGCUUGGGUUCAAGAAAUUUUCGCUGGUUCUUUCAAAAGAAAGGGAUUAAAAUAUGAUGUCCAGAUUCGUGAUUUUGGUCCAAGUUGGCGUGAUGGAAUAGCAUUCAAUGCUAUGGUGCAUAAUAUUGAUUCCAGACUUGUUGAAAUGGACAAAGUAAAGACUAGAACACCAAAAGAAAAUUUAGAACACGCAUUUACACAAGCUGAAAAGCAUCUGGGUAUACCAAGACUUUUGGAUCCUGAAGAUGUCGAUGUUGACAGACCAGAUGAAAAGUCAAUUGUAACAUAUGUUGCUCAAUUUUUCAAAGCUUAUCCGGAUGCAGGAAGACGAAGAUCAGAUUCACCUACCAAAACGAAUGUCAAAGUGAAACUUGAUAAUUUAAUGAAAUUUAUUCGAGAAUCUGAGUCAAGAAUGAAAACAGUUCGAUUUGGGCAUACUAAUUUAAAUGAACAAUAUCAGGUAUAUGAAGAGUUAAUUACAAGAAAAGAGAUGGAAGAAGAAAAUUAUGAAUCAUUGAAAGAUCAAUGGUAUUCUGGUUUAAUAUCUCAUACUGAUUCAUUAAUCAAUCCAAGUGAAGUAGAAAUUUUAGAAGAAUCUUGGAAUCAUUUUAACGAUAUUAUGAAUGAAUGGUUAUGGGAAAUAGAUGAAAAAAUACCUGGUGAAUUUGGUCGUAUUGCAAAAUGGUUAAGUCAAGCUGAAAAAUGGUUUAAACAAGUAGGUUUAAAAUGGUAUCAAAAACCAUCUGGUACUCAAGCGAUGGGAUUUUGUGUCACAGUAAAUCAAUCAUGGCGUCCUUCAAGUGCUGAACCACCAAAUUCUCCUCCAUCAAAUGAAUUAAUAGAUAAGCUACAAAAUGAAAGAUUGGAAAUCUUUGGAACAAAUAAUCAAAAAUUAAACUCUAUUCGUGAUGAUUUAUCUCGUAUUAUUGAUAAUGAAAAGAAAAUCAAUUUACCAAAUACAUUAAUUGAUCGAUUAAGUACACGUUUAUCAAAAAUUAUUGGUUAUGAACCUGGUCAUAGUGCAGUUUUAUGUGCAGCUAAAUCACGUAGAACAUUUCUUGAUAUAUUAUAUAAUGUUAAUCGUACAGAAACUAAUACAGGUGUUCGUAUACGUAGUCGUCGACGUGAAAGUGCUACAGGUUUUGAAUAUCGUUUUUGUAAUUGGUUAGAUUUAGUCGAUGGUAAUAUACAUACUGAAACUAAAGAAAUUGUCAAUGGAAUUCUUAAUGAUUAUCAGCUUUGUUUAAAAACCGAACAUGUACCAGAGAAAUUAGAUCAAUGUAAAUUAGAUCUAUCGAAACAUUUUAAUUUAUUAAUUAAAAUUAAUCAAUAUGAUGAUCAACUUUUACCUCAAAAUGCCUUGGAUAUUAUUCAACAUUGGCAAAAUGAUUGUGAAAUUAAAUGGAAUUCAGAUAAAUUUAAUCAAUUAAUCCAAUUAGGUGAACGUAUUAAACAACGUUUAACUAUUUGGGAUAAAUUAGAUCAUUGUAAUAAAAAUAUAGAAAAUUUACUGUCACAAUUUGAAGAUUCUACAUUUUCUGAAAAUGAUUGGUUAAAUCGACGAGAUGAAAUAUUUUUGUUAUUAGAAGAAGCUAAUGAAGCCGCUCAUUAUCUUGGUGAAUCAGCUGAUCAUCAUAAAUUGGAAAUGUUUCGUAAAAGGAUUGAGAAAGUAGAAUCCAAUAUUUUCAAAAGAAAACAAGCUAAUUUAGAAGAACUUGAAGCAAAACGAAUGGCGGAUAAAUUGAAAUUUGAAAAUGAAAUGAAUAAUUAUUUAAAUAAAAUUGAAUAUUGGAUAGAUACAAUAAAAGAUUUAAUUGAAAAUAAAACGAAUUCUAAACCGAGAAAUUUACAAAUACGAUGUACUUCAAAUGAGUUCUUAAUGAUUAUUGAACAAUUACAAGAGUUAUUAAAUCAACAACCACAAAUUAUAGAACAUUUACAAAAUGCUACUAAUUUAAGUCAAGAUCCAACAAACAUUCAAUGCAUAACCAUAGAACAAAAUGACCGUUUAGAUAAUUUAGAAAAUUUAAUUGAAAAAUUUACUAAUUUAUUAUCAAUUAAAAUUAAAGAUUUAAUCGAUAUGAAAGAAAAAAUUUAUGAAAUUGAAAAAAAUUUGGCGGAAAUUGAUUUACAAAUAAAAAAUUUAGAAGAUAAACAAAAUCAUAUUUUAUUGAAUUCAGAUAUGAAUACAUGGGAAUGUUCACCAAUAUAUUUAGAUUUCAAUGACUGUCGUGGACAUUUAACAUUUGCCAAUGGUCAAGUAAAUGAUUUAGAACGUGCACUCAAUUUACAAGAUAAUCGUGGUAUGGCAAUUUUAAACAAAUUCAGUGUUGAAGAAUUGUAUAAUGAAAUAAAAGGUUUCAAUGAUCGUCUGAACAAUGCUGAAAAAUUGAUUAAACGUAAACUAAUUAAUAAACAAUCAAUUAAUGAAACAUUUACAACAUUAAAACAACAAAUGAAUGAAAUUCAAAUAGCUUUAAAAGAUUUAAAAUAUGCAACAUCAACUAGUGGCGGGAUUAGAAAAGAAGAUCUAUUGAAUUUAUUGGAAAAUUUAAAAACAUUACGCCGAAAAUACACAGAAAGUAUACAAACCAAUGAUAGACGAUGUCAAAAUUUCUUAAAUUCAGCUGCUUCUCAAGGUGAUGGUGAUAUGUUACUUAAUGAAAUGAAAAUGAAAAUAUCUCAAAUGAAAAAUGAUAUAAAUGAACAAUGUACAGUAAUUGAUCAUGAAAUGAAACAAUUAGAUAUUCAAUUAAAUAAAUCAUUAAAAAAUGUAAAUGAAAUUGAAGAAAAAACAAAACAAACAGAUCAAUGGUUAAUCAAUCAAGAAAGACGUUUAAACGUUUUAUCAACUGGACCAUCAACAGUAUCAUAUGAUAAAGUAGAUAAUAUAACAGAACAAUUAAAAUCUCAUCAACAAUGGGUAGAUGAUUGUAAAAAUUUACUUGAAAGUAUCAAAAAAUAUUCUGAAAAAUAUAAUCUACAUCCUGAACACGAUGAUGUUGAUUCAGUUUUUGAAACUGGAUCACCACUCUCUGAUUUGGUAGGAGUAAUGUGCAAAAGAAUGGAACAUUUAAAAACUGAUACUAAAAAAAUUUACAAUAUAGCAGAAGAACAAUUGAGAAAAUUGAAUUCUUUCUCAUCACAAAUUGAAUCUUCACGUAAAUGGUUACAUAAAUGUUGUAAUGAACAUACUGACAAAUUGAAUAAUCUAAUCAAAAGUGAUUUAGAUCAUAUUGAUUCAUUAGAUCAAUUAAAAGCUAAGCAUAAAUGUUUAACAGAAUUUUCUUCAAUACUCAAUAAAGAUGGUGAAACUCAUUUGAUAAAAUGUCAAGAGGUUAUUCAACAUAUUCUUGACUCUGAUGAAUGUUAUGAUACUACAGUGAUUAUUAUGUUGACACGUCGAGAAUUGUCUAAUUUACAGUCAGAAUUAAACAUUAUUUCUAGGGAGAAUGACAAAGAACUAAAGGAGAUUGAAGCUAAAAUCGCUCGUCAGUCUAAAUUUAUCAGUCAUAUUGAAGCUGAGGAAAAAUGGUUGAAUGAUCUUGAAAACAAGAUGAAUCAAGAUCAUAGUCAUUUAAACAAUUCUCAAUCCACUGCUGAACUAUUACAGAACAUCCAAACCGAGACCGAUCAUUAUAAUCAACUACUUAGUAAUAUAAAUACUCAUGAUCAACAAAUUGAUGAACAGUUAUAUCCUGAAGCUCAAUCAUUGAAAGAUUCUUCAUCAUUGCAAAGAAUUGACAAUUUGAAAGGUCAAAUCAAAACGUUGAAACAAAAUUUGGAAAAAAUUGUUACUAAUUUAAAUGUACAAACUAAAUCAAUUUAUGCUUUUCAACAAGCUGUGGAAAAAUUUAAAUUAAAUCUUAAGAAUUUUGAAAGUCAAAGGAGUUCAAUCUUAGAAGCACAGACAGUUAGUUAUGUAAACAUGGAAAGUGAUAGUCAGUUAUUAGAAGAGUUUUAUAUGAAUAUGAAAAAGCAAAUCGAAGAUCUUCGUACAAAUCAAUCUGAAUUACUUAAACAAUUAAAUGAUAUAGAAUAUCUUACUAAAUCAAUUAAUUUUAUACCAAAUAAUGAUCUAGAUCAAUUACAACAAGAAUAUGAUCAAUUUCAUGAUAAUCUUGAACAAAAUUAUGAAACUAUUCAAAUCAUUUUAAAUGAAUUCAAACAAUUAAAUCAAUUAAUCAAUAAUAUAAAAAAUUAUUUAAAACAAAAUUUUGAUGAAAUUUCAAUCAUUCUUAAAAAAGAACCAAACUAUUUAAAUAAUAAUAAUAAUAAUAAUAAUUUAAAUUUAAAUGAAUUAAAUCAAUUUUAUCAAUUUAAUUUUAAUGAAAUUAAACAAAUUUGUUAUGAAUUAGGUAUAGAAUUAACUAAUGAAUUAUCUUUAUUAAAUCAUAAUGAAUCAUCUAAAUUUUCAUUAUUACAUAAUGAAAUUAAUGAAAAAUUUAAUAAAAUUUUAUUAAUUAUUAAAAAUAAUAAUUCAUUAAAACAAUUAAAUAAUUUAAUAAAAAUACAAAAAAAUUUGAAUCAAUAUCUUGAAAAAUCAAUAAAUGAUAUUGAUCAUCAAUUUAUUGAUUUAUCACAAUUUAUAAAUCAUUUAAAUCAAAUAAUAACUUAUUCCAAUGAAAUUGAAUCAAAAUUUAAUUUUAUUCAAAUUGAAUAUGAUAAUAUUCAAUUAAAAUUAAUAAAUGAAUUUAAUGACAUUAAUAUUCAAUCAUUAAAUCAAUUAAUUAAUCAAUUAAAUAAUGAAAUUAAUCCAUAUGAAAUAACAUUUCAUAAAUUUAUACAAAAUAUACAAACAAAAAAUCGAUUUUUUAUUAAUAUUGAUUAUUAUUUAUUAAAUUAUUUCAAACAAUUCAUCAAUAAAAAAGAGAUAUUAAUGAAUAAUAUUAAAGAAACAAUUAAAAAAUAUGAACAAUUAAAUAAUAUUGAAUUAAACUAUUUAAAUCAUUUAAAUGAUAUAAAUCAUGAAUUUGAUCAAUUAUUGAUUUUAUUACAAUCAAUAAAUCAAUUGAAUCAUAUUGAUUUUGAUCAACAAAUUCAAUCUAUAACCGAUCAAUAUUCAAAAUUAUAUAAUCGAUAUGAAACGAUAUAUGAUAAUUUUAUUAAAACAAAUAUUCAAAGUAAUAAGAUCAAUGAAUUAAAUUCAAAAAUUUCAGUAAAAAUUGAAAAAUUUAAUGAACAUUUAAAUCAAUUAAAACAAAAUUAUGAAAAACAAAAAAUAAAUUCUAAUUUAAUUCAAAAAAAUUUAAAUCAAUUAAACAAUUAUUUAAAUCAAUAUCGUUUACAAAUUAUAAAAAAUAUUAAUCAAUUUUCAAUAAAAUCAAUAAAUAAUUUAUCAUUUGAACAAAUAAUCAAUAAUUUUUUGAUUGAUUUAAAUGAUUAUUUAAAUGAUUUUCAAAAACUACAAGAAAUAAUCAAUAAAAUUGAUAUUGAUCCAAAUGAACAUUUAAAAUUUAAAAAAAUUAUUGAUUUAUCAAAACUAUUAAUCGAAAUCAAUAAUCUAAAUAAUAAAAAUUCUUCAGCAUUGAUUAAUUCGAAUGAUUUUUUAAAUGAAUUAAAUAGUAUCAUUGAAUGGUUAGAAAAUAUUAUUCAUGAAUUUAAUAUAAUACAAACAAAUUAUCAAAAUUUAUUAAAUAAAACUAAACAAUUACAAAAUACAUAUAAUGAUAUAUUACAAUUAUAUAAUGAAAAAUUAAAUUUUCAAAAAAUCGAUAUCCAAUAUAUAAUCAAUAAUGAAAAAUCAAUAAAAUUAAAAUUCAUUCAUGAAUUAGAUCAAAUAAAACAAUUACAAUUAUUUAAUUUAUUAAAUAAUUUACAAUUCGUUAAACAACAAUCUAAUCAAUUAUUUAAUAAACCUCAAUCGAAUAUACAAUUAAAAUUUAUUGAUGAUUUAUUGAUUCAUGAUUUUAUUAAUCAAAUGGAUCAAUCAUUAUCAUUAUUAUCUAAUAAUAUUAAUAAUACUAUUACACAAUAUAAAUCAAUAUAUGAUAAUGAAUAUCAAUUCAAUCAAUUAUAUCAUUCCAUAAAUGAAUGGAUACAUAAUUAUGAGCAUGAUUUAUUGAAUAUUGAACAACAAAUAUCUAAUCUUAUGAUUGAACCUAUUCAAUCAUAUAAUUCUUUAAAUGUAUCCAUCAUUCAAAAAAAUAUUGAAAAUUAUUUAAAUGAUAUACAAACAUUAAAUAAUCAAUAUUUAAAUGGUGAAAAAUUAUUACAAUCAAUAAUCAAUAAAUUUAAUCAAUAUGAUGAAUUACGUAAUAGUACAGAAAUUAAUAAAUUACAUCAUCGUAUAACAGAAAUCAAUAAAUCACGUUUAAAUCAUAUUAAAACGAAUUUAUUACAAUAUAAAAAUAAUUUAGAUCAGUUUAUCUCAAAAGGUAAUACUAUUAAUGAACACUUAAAUAAAUAUGAACAACGUAUUGAUAAAUUAAAACAAUUUUCAAUAUUAUUAAAAAUCAAUAAAUUAGAAGAUUUAUUGAUUGAUGAAACAUUCACUGAUACAUUAAAAUGGAAUGAAUUAUUGAUUGAAUUGGAAGGUUUUAAACAUGACACAUUAGAUCCUUAUGAAGUAUUAUAUAAUAAAACUGAUUUAAAAUUACCCAAAGAUUAUGUAAUCAAUUUUAAAAAACGUUAUGAUGCAUGUUUAACUAUUGUAAAAGAUAAAACAGAAGAAAUUCAAAAUCAUACAAUGAAAUUAAAGAAAUUAAAAGACAAGUUAGAAGAAUUUAAUAAAUCUCUUGAAGGAGCUAAUAUAAAGUAUAAAACAUUGAUAAAUCAGUUUAAAAUUGAAUUUGAUGAACAAUAUACACAUUGUAAAUUAAGUGAAAUAUGUCAAUUAAUUAUGAAAAUGAUGCAACAACUAAUAAGUCAUUUAAAAGAAUAUGAUUCACAUUUUAUGGAAAAAUUACUAACUACUCAUAAAAAUAUAAGUAGUCAAACUUUAGAAUGUGAAUUAAAAUUAGCAUUUGAGAAUUCAUUAUUAUUUGAUAAAUUUACUUCAUUAAAAUCUGAAUUAGCAGAUUAUACACAUAGUCUUGAUGAAUUAUAUAAUGAACUAAAGAGUCUUACUACAGAUAUUAUCAAAUAUGAACAAUGGUUUGAAAAUAUAGACAAACAAUAUCAACAAACAAAUACUAAUUAUACCAUAGAAAAUUUAGUAUUCAAUAAAAGUUCUUUAUAUCAAUCCAUUACGGAAUGUGCAAUUGAUGAAUUAGAAAAUGAAUCAAAUAAUAAUUCAGCUAGUUUAGGACAACUUAAUUCACAUUAUCAAAAAUCAUUACAAGUAUUUCUUGAAUUACGUAAACUAGUCCUAGAAUAUAAUCCAUGCAUUAAUAUCCUAACAGAAAAAUUAUUAACAUUAAUACGACAAAUAAUCAAUAUUCAUAAAUCAUUUUCAAAAAUCAAUAUUGAUUUACAAUCAAAUCAUCAAAUGAUCAAUAAUCCUAUGAUAUAUGGUAUUGAUAUUAUUGAACAAAAUUGUACAAAUAUGAAAUCAAUAUAUCAAAAUUUAAUAAAUCAUAUUAAUCAAGAUAUUAAUAAUAUACAAAUUAAAUCAACUUAUUUAAUACAAUUAAUACAAUCCAAUAAAGAUUUAGAUAUAUGGAUCAAAGAUUGUUUACAAUUUAUUAAUCAAAUAAAACAAGAAACUACUAAUAAUACUACUAAUACUAGUAUUAGUAAUGAUAAUGAUAAUGGUAGAAUAGAUCAAAUUCAAAUAAAAUUAGAUAUUGGUAAAACAUAUUUACAAUCUAUACAUGAAUGGAUAGAACAAUUAAAACAACAUACUACUAUUAAUACUACUACUGCUACUACUACUAAUAGUACUAAUACUAUUAAUACUAUUAAUACUACUAAUAAUAGUAAUGAAAUCAAUACAAUAAUCAAUAAUUUAUUCAAUCAACAAUAUAAACGAUCAAAUGAAAUCUAUCAAUAUAUUAUUAAAUUAAUUAAUACAAUAAAACAACAACAAUUAAAACAAAAUCAAUUAAAACAAUCUAUUGAAUUAGAAUAUUUAUCAUAUGAAAAUUGGUUUAAAAAAUGGAAAGAAAAUUUGAAUUUAAUAAAAAUUAAAAUAUCCAAAUUAUUGAUUAAUAAUAAUAAUAAUAAUAAUGAAUUAAAUGAAUUUAAUUUAAUCAAUAUUGAAAUUAAUCAAUUAUUGAAUGAAUUAAAUGAAUUAAAUAAAGAAUUAAUCAAUAAACAAUCAUUAUUAUUAACAAUCAAUAAUAAUACUAAUACUAGUACUAAUAAUAAUAAUACUAAUAUUAAUAAUAAUAAUAAUAAUAAAUUAGAAUUCAAUCAAUCAAUCGAUAAAAAAUUAUCAAUCAUGAUUAAUGAAAUGAAAGAAAAUCAAUUAUCAAUUGAACAAAUAAUUUUAUGUUUAAAACGUGUUAAAACAAAAUUAAAAGAAUUUUUUGAAUGUAUUAAAACAAAUAAACAAUGGAUAAAUGAAAUAAAUGAACAAUUUAAUAAAAUAAAAAAUGAUGAAAGUCCAAUCAGAAUAUCACCUUAUUCAUCAUCUAAAGCUGAAUCUAUGAAACCUGAAUAUUCCACAACUAAUACACAAUAUUUAAUAAAUACAGAACAAAAUUUGUCAUUAAAACAAUCCAAUGAAUUACAACCAAUUACAUCAUCAUCCUCAUCCUCCCCAUCCUCCUCAUCAUCAUCAUUUCUAAUGAAUCAUUUAUUACAACAAUAUCAGAUUAAAUUUGAUAAAAUCAAUAAUUUUAUGAAUCAUAUGAAUAAUAAAUCAAUAAUAUUAAUUAAUAAUAUAAAUAAUUUAUUUAAUGAAUUUGAAAAUGAUUUCAUUGAAUUACAAAUUAAUUAUACAAUAAUAAUCAAUAAUAUUGAUUUUAUACAAAAUUCUAUUCAAUCUAUAUAUCAAAAUAUUAUUAAUUAUAAAAAUACUAUACAAUUAAUAAUUAAUCAAUUAAAUCAAUUAAAUAAUCAAUUAAAUUAUUAUAAACAAUGGUUAAUAAAUAAUUUAAUAAAAAUUAAAAAUUUAAGUCAAAAAUCAAUAAUUGGUAUAAAUGAUUUAUCAAUAAAUCAAUAUAUUAAAGAUAAUAAUAAUAAUAAUAAUAAUCAAUUGAUUAUUGAUAUUUAUUAUCCAAUUGAUGGAAUUAUACAAAAUUAUCAAGUAUUUCAAAGUGAAUUAAUGUCACAAAAAUCUGAAUUAACUCAAUUAAAUAGUUUAUGUGAAUCAAUUCAACAAACAACUAAUGAUUCUGGUGCUAAAAAUUCUUUAAAUCAAUUAUUAAUGCAAUAUCAUAAUUUAAUUAAAAGUUGUGAGGAUGUUUUAUCUAAACUUCAACUUGUAUUUAUGGAAAAUAGAGAAUUUCAAGUAUUAUGUAAUAGUAUUAGAAAUCUUCUUAAUACUUUAACAACAGAACUAAAAAGUAUUAAUACAAAUGAUCAGAAUUCAAAUUUAUCUGAAAACCAUUUGAAUACAAUUACAAGUAUACGUGAAAAAUUACGUUCAUCUCAACCAAAACUUCUAGAGCUUAGCGAUAGAGCAGAUAGAAUUUGUCGAGCUUCAUCAACUGCAGCAUUAACUAUGAAUCAAAUGUUUAUGACACAUUCAAGUCAAUUAGAUAGUACUGAUUCUGCCAAUAAACCUAUGCUUACAGGCUACAAUCAUCAACUUUCAACAAAUCAAAUUGAAAUUGACAAUUUACAAACAGAAACUAUUGGAUCUAAAGCUAAACGACAAUUAAAUGAAUUUAGAAAAGAGUUUAAUGAAAUUAGUCAACAAAUAACAGAAUAUCAAGAAAAAUUAAAUCAUUUGGUCAAUGAACAAAAAAAUUUAUCCGAAUUAUACAAUGAUUUACGUAGUUGGAUGGAUAAAACAGAGAAAAAGUUAACUAUUUUAGAAUUAGGCAAAUUGGUGAAUCAAACAGAAACAAAUGAACAAAAUAUAAGGCCAAUAAUACAUGGAUCUAACAAGUUUAAUGAAAACAAUUGGAAUAUUUAUAUUCAACAAGUAACGGCCUUAAAUAAAGAACUUAAUGAAUAUUCACAAAAAUAUGAACAAUUUUGUGAGAAUAUGCCAAAUACUACUAACAUAAACGGCCAAACAAAUAAAUAUAAUCAACUAAUCGGAAGAUUUACCGAAAUGAAAGGAAAGAUUCAGCAAUUCACCUCCUGGAUUAAUACCAUACAACAAAACUAUUCAGCAUUUCGUGACUCAGCACAAACUACUGAACGAUGGAUGAGUAGUAUAAAUUUUCGUCUUAUGUCAUCAGGGAAUAAUAAUACUAACAGUAAUCUGACAGGAAAUUUAUCUGCUUAUCAAGAUUCAACAACUCAAAUUGAUCAAUUAAUGAAAGAAAUCGACAAAGAAGGAAAAAGUCUUUUAGAGAAUACACAUCAAUUAGUUCAUUUACUUAUUCAUGGUAUAACUAAAGAUCAAACAACAAUAUCAAGAACUAAUAGAAUAUGUGAAUCUGUUACAUGUCCAUAUCGAGAAAUUCCAAUGGAUCAUAGUGUAGUUGAUAAUUGGAAAUACUUAGUGAAUAGUUCAAAUGAAGAAAAACUAUUGGAUAGAAUUGCAUUAGAUGCUUUAGAAAGAAAUAAAGAAAUUGAAACAAGUUAUAUUAAUAUUCAUUCUAAUGCACAAUCUAUCAAGAGUCGAAUAGAUGAUCAGUUGAAUCGUUUCAAAGCUUACAUUGAUUCACUAAAUUCAGUCGCUACAUUUAUACUGAAUGAUUUACAGUCUUGGUGGAAACGAUUAAGUAUUAUAAGUCAGUCGUCAGCGGCUGUAGCUACAAUAAAAGGAAUUACAACAACGAAUCAACUCAAUGCAAAACCAGAUCCAAUCUCAUCAAAUUCUUACAAUGUGACAGGAUUUACAACUUAUCCAAAUAAAAGUUUUAUCAAUUAUCAAAUAGAUCGUUUGAAACAAUUGACAAAUGAAAAGCCUCCGGCUAAAGCAGUAAGUCUAGAAGAUGUUGGUCAUCAGUUAGCUAUGACAUUGGCUAUGCAAUCACAAUUGAUAACAAUGAAGAGAGAAUUGUCUACACUUGGAUAUAAAUGUGGAAUGUCUUCAGUGGAAAUUGAUUAUAUUUCACAAGAAGGAGAUAUGAGCUCUGAUAAUAAAGGGAAUAGUUCAGAUCAAACUUUAGUGAAAUUAUUGGCUAAACAUGUGCAAAAUGUAAUCGAUAUAGAAAACAAAAAGCUUGAAUGUCAUACUGAACAACUACGUGAAUUACGAACAAAAUGGGAGCAUUAUGUUAAAGAACGUGAUAUGUUUGGUCGUUGGUUAUCUGAACGUCAAACAGCUUGUCAUCAUUUAUUAGAAUUGAGAUCAAGAUCAACACAACCAGAAGAUGAAGAGAGUAGAGCACUUGAAGAUUUUCUAAAUAGUUUAAAAGAUAAAGAAUAUCAAAUAAAUGAAUUAACAAAAUUAUAUCAAGAUCUUAUUCAACAUAAUACACAAAUUCUUGAUCCAUUAUUAGAUCGAUUAAAUACAGAAUAUAAAAAUUUAUUAAAUCAAACCAAAUCAAGAAUAGAUAGAGUGAAAAAUAUUAAAAAUGAAAGAAAACCAAUAGAAGAAUCACAAUCAGAGUAUCGUGGUAAAAUACCAAUUUUACCAGAAAAAGCUGAAGCACUUGUUCAUAGUUCAGCUAAAACAUUGAAACAUACAAAAUUAUUGAAUGAAUUAGCUAAAUCAGUCAAUCAAUUGAAAAAUGAAGUGAUCACUAGUGAAGUUGAUGCUCAAAGAAAUUAUUUAGUUGAUCAAAGAGAUUAUUAUAUCCCUUCAAAUACAAUGACUUCUUCUAAUCAAUUACAACAAAGAAUUACCACGGAAUCAAUUCGAAGAAAUUUACCUUCAUUUAAUUAUUAUCCAAUAGUUCAAUUGAAUAAACAAUCAAUCUUACAUAGAAAUCAUAGAUCUUCACUUGAGGAUCUAUCAAAUUGGGGUAUUGAUGACGUGAAGAUUCCAUCUUAUUCAUAUGAUAUGAAACAACCGAUAGAUUCAAUACCAUCUCAACAUUCUAGAAAUGAUUUAUUACAGUAUUCAACAUCUAAACCAUGUACACAUUUACAAUCGAAAGAUGGAUUACUUAAUGAACAGAAAAGAUUAAAUACAUCACCUUAUUUAUCAUCAUACAAGAGUUCAAUUCCAAAACCAGAUACAUUUAUGAAAUCUCACAGUUCCAAAAAAACGAAUUUAACUCCAUCUUAUGCAAGUAAACCUAUUACAAGAAACAUCAAUGUACCAUUGGAUAUUAGACAAAGAAUAAUCUCUCAAACACAAUCACUAGAUAAUAAAUCUACCCAAAUGACAACUUCCAGUUUCAAUGAUAACACUUCUUUGAUAUGGACUAAAAAUGUUCCAAUAAAAUCAAAUACUAACUCAGAUAAUAAAUCAUAUCCAAUUUACUAA